AUGAGCCAACCAACAGCAACUGACAAUGAGAAAGUAUUUGAUCACAAUAAACAUAAACGUGAAUAUCGACUGCAACGGGAUGAAUUGCGACAACUCUAUGCUCACCAAUUUAGCUUGAUUGAACAGCAAUAUCCAAACGCGUCGUCAUCGAAACUGUUGAAUCUUUUACGACGACAUGAUGGAGAUGUUGAUAAGGUUUGUGCAAUUUUGAAACAACGUUCAUCUCGUCAAACAAAAUUUGAUCAGAUUGAACAAAAAUAUGGUCAAGAAUUAACGAAAUUCUUGGAACAAGAGUCAUCACAUCAUUUGGCAUCAAAAAUGCCGAGACGACAACGUUUAUUACGUAUAAUGGAACGAUCUAAUGGUGAUCUUGAACAUCUUCAAAAGUGCUUGAAUAGAAUAAAUAGUCGGCAUCAAAAUAAAGCGCAGGCAAAGGAAAUAUAUGUCGAACAAAUGACUGAAUUAGAGCAAGAUGGUCUGGAUGUUAAGAGUUGGUGUAUUUAUCGUUUACUACAGAAGUAUGAUGGCGAUUUAACAAAGACAGAUUUUGGAAAAUUGGAAUUGGAGUAUGAUCAACAACUGAAACAACUAGAAUUAGAUGGUGUUCGUAUCAAGAACAAACGUGCUGUAGUACAUCUUCUUCAAAAAUCAAAUGGUCAAUUAGAUACAGUUAAAGAAUUUUUGUUACAAAAACAACAACGAAAAGAAAAAAAGAAAUGUGAUUAUUCAUCGCCAAGAGAAGAUGAUGAAAAAGACCACAGAAAACAAAAGAAAGCUCGUAUGGCCAAUAUGAGUAGCGAUGAUUUGGAGCAUUUGAAGCAAUUGCGCGCAGUCGGCGUACAUGGUAAUCCAAUAAAAAUAUUAAAAAUAUUGCAUGAAGAAUGUAAUGAUUCAGUAGAAUUAACAAUUGAAAAAUUUCGACAGCAUAAGGAGCAACGUAAACGCGAGUGCGAAGAACGACUAAAAGUAUGUAUUUUUAAAUUUCUAUGAUAAGUUUAAAUCUAUGCUCAGAGUUUAACAUCUUGUCAUUCUUGAGGCUGUAUUCUACUAUGAUAAAAAAAUUUCAGAUUAGAUUCGUGAAAUUUUAUAAAAACCUUUUGUUCCACCUUGCACAGUGGGCAUUCAAGCGGACAUUUGGCCAAAAAGUCGAAAAUGAGCUUUUUCAAAUUUGAACCGUCAGACAUGUAGCUCUUGAAAAGGGCUAUCGAAUGGUGUAUAAUGAUCGACUGAUAAUG